ACGUCACAGCGGCUCCACCAUGUUGUAGGAAAUCCACCGCUGCUCCACACUGUCAGAUUACACUUUAAUCUGAGGAGGAGGAGGAGGAGGAUACACUGUCAAGACGAGCUCUCUAUCUUGGAACGAUUUUACGUUUUAAAAAAUGUGCUACGACAAGGUUGUCAUUUUCCUGCAGGGAACGACGUGUACGUAGAAGAUGAACCUUCAGUCUUCAUUUGCUGGCUGUCCAAUUCUCUUACUUACCACUACAUAAAAAUGUUAGCUGGCUAACUAGCAGAAAUAGAGGAACUAAAUCGGAUUAUUUUGUAACGGCGGCGCCCUUCGCUCUAGGUAAUAUCCAGGUAUUUUUGGUUUGCAAUAGUUGACAGCGAUUGCAAACUAACGGGAGCUCGCUCUUCGUGUUUAUAUGCUUCUGUUCCUGCAAACAUUUACAUACCGUAAUUAUUCUCCAACACUAAUGUUGCUGCAAGUAGGCUAACACACCACAAAGAGCUGGAGCUCCUUCCCCUGUCUUAUAUUUUCUUUAUUUCUUUUGUUACUGUGUUUUGGGGAGGGGGGGAACACAAAUCUGGAUUUAGACUGAAAAUCAAGACCACGAAACCGAUGUGCUACUUUGUAUCAAGCUAGCCGAGGGUGAACAGUAUAAUAUUUCAACUGCCAAAUACAAGCGAAGCGAAGAUGUCAGGAAAAGAUAAAGAUAAACCAGAGAAACAGUCCACAACGGAGCGGCUCGUUAAAGCUGUGCCGUACCCACCACAACAUAAAUUGACCAUAAAAGAGCUUUUUGAAGAUGGUAAGCCCAAUGCAGAGCUCCUACGUAACCACCUCGUCAAAGAAGGCAGGGUGGAGGAAGAUGUGGCACUCAGGAUCAUCAACGAUGGAGCCAACAUCCUUCGCCAAGAGAAGUGCAUGUUGGAAGUGGAAGCACCAAUAACAGUAUGUGGUGAUGUCCAUGGCCAAUUCUUUGACCUUAUGAAGUUAUUCGAGGUGGGGGGAUCACCAAGUAAUACAAGGUAUCUCUUCCUUGGAGACUAUGUAGAUCGAGGAUACUUCAGCAUUGAGUGUGUUCUUUACCUCUGGUCACUCAAGAUCAACCACCCUACCACACUCUUCCUCCUGCGAGGGAACCAUGAGUGCCGGCACCUCACAGAAUACUUCACCUUCAAACAGGAAUGUAAAAUUAAGUACUCAGAAAGGGUCUAUGAUGCCUGUAUGGAGGCCUUUGACUGCCUACCCCUUGCUGCCCUGCUUAACCAACAAUUCCUGUGUGUACACGGUGGACUCUCACCAGAAAUAAAUUGCCUUGACGACAUAAGAAAAUUAGAUAGAUUUAAAGAGCCUCCAGCAUUUGGGCCAAUGUGCGACCUGAUUUGGGCCGACCCCGGUGAGGAUUAUGGCAGUGAAAAGACAACGGAACACUUCAACCAUAACUCUGUCAGAGGCUGUUCAUACUUUUUCAGUUACUCAGCAGUCUGUGACUUUUUGGUAAAUAAUAACUUGUUGUCAGUAAUUAGAGCCCAUGAAGCCCAAGAUGCUGGGUAUCGGAUGUACAGAAAAAGUCAGACUACUGGCUUCCCUUCGUUAAUUACAAUCUUUUCAGCUCCAAAUUAUCUUGAUGUGUACAACAACAAAGCUGCUGUUUUAAAAUAUGAGAACAACGUGAUGAAUAUUCGACAGUUCAACUGUUCCCCCCACCCUUACUGGUUACCUAACUUCAUGGAUGUCUUCACAUGGUCUUUGCCAUUUGUUGGAGAAAAGGUGACAGAGAUGUUGGUGAAUGUGCUCAACAUUUGCUCUGAUGAUGAACUCAUGUCCGAGGGAGAUGAUCUCUAUGAAGGUGGUACUACAGCGAUGCGUAAGGAGGUAAUCCGGAACAAGAUCCGUGCAGUUGGUAAAAUGGCCCGGGUCUUUUCGGUCCUCAGGGAGGAGAGUGAGAGUGUAUUAACUCUCAAAGGCCUGACCCCGACUGGAACUCUUCCCAUGGGUGUGCUGUCAGGUGGAAAGCAGACAUUACAGACAGCUACUAUUGAGGCAGCUAAAGCAAAAGCCAUCCAAGGCUUCUCUCCCACAAGGAAGAUUCGUAAUUUCGAGGAGGCCCGCGGCCUAGACAGGAUCAACGAGAGGAUGCCGCCUCGCAAAGAUGGCCAGCAACCGGACGGCACAACCAUCAACAGCAGCGCGCCCAACAAGAACGGCACCGACGGAUAGGCCUAGGAAACGGCGCAUUUCCAUCCUAAUGCAGCCCACCUCAUCGCCGCCAAUCCCGCCGCACCUCGCUUUCCUUUCCCGUCCGUCCUUCUCCACCCUGUCCAUCUUCCGCAUGCAUGCCGUUGGGUGGGGGAAAGGAAGCAGACAUGUUGGUGGUGAAAAGACAAAAAGGAGACCACACUGCUAACAAAAGCUUCUGGGUAAACAAUCAUUGGGGAAUAUUAUUUAUUAAAGACAUAUAUAUUAAUGUGUAAUAACAUCUGGUGAUGGAAUGAAGACAUUUGGCAAAUUUGUUCAAACGUUUCCUGUACAGUCCAGUCCACUAUUUUACACGUCAGUUAUACAGGUUAGGUUAUACAAAUGUAAACAAUUUUAUUUGGUAAGAUGAAGCUUUACCCUCCUUAAGUUUUUUUUAUUUUUUAUUUUUUGUUAAUGUGUGUGGGAAUGGAGACGUUGACGUAUGAAUUCGAUAGCCCCAGCAUGCUCACUU